GCCGCUGCAGUAAAGGCAGCUCGCGCACUCUGUAAUAAGGAAGGGUGCAGGGCGCAGGGCGCUCAAUGGACGUUAGUCAGAGAUUGAACUUGAGUUGCGCUGCUUUGUUGCCUCUCACACCGAGAGUCAGGUAGCUCGUCUGCUAACGUGUUUAUUCACUGAAAUACGUUAGAAAGAAAGCACGGAGUUUUGUAGACCUUGGACCAGAGACGAAAAGCAGCCCAGGCUGCACUUUCACCAGCCUUCAGUCUCUUCGGGUUUAAUAUCUAUUGGAGAUGCUAAUCCCAGUCCUAGGCGUCAAGAAGGAGGACUUCCAAGCUCCAGAUUAACCACCAUUACCUACCUCUUUAUUUAACGCCAACCAUCGGUUUCCCACUCCAGUUUACAAACACCAUGGCUUUUCUGAUGAAGAAGAAGAAGUUCAAAUUCCACGUCCAUUUCACUCUGGAAGAGCUGACGGCUGUGCCGUUCAUCAACGGGAUGCUCUUCUGCAAAAUCCGGCUUCUGGAAGGGGGAGACUUUGUCAUAUGCUCGUCUAGGCAAGAGGUGCAGGAGAACUGUGUUCGCUGGCGAAAGAAGUUCUCCUUUGUGUGCAAGAUGAGCGCCAAUCCUACGACAGGGGUGCUGGACCCCUGCGUCUGUCGAGUGUCUGUGCGAAAGGAGCUGAAGGGCGGAAAGUCUUUCUCCAAGCUUGGGUUUGCUGACCUCAACAUGGCGGAGUUUGCAGGUUCAGGCUCCACCGUACGCUGCUGUAUCCUGGAAGGCUACGACACCAAGAACACUCGGCAGGACAACUCCAUUCUGAAAGUUACCAUUGGGAUGACUCUGCUCUCAGGGGAUCCUUGCUUUAAGACGCCACCAAGUACAGCGAAAAACACAAGCCUGGCUGGUCAGGACCCGUCUCUACAGCUGGACUGUAAGGGAGAGGGCACUGGCAACAACUCGACUCUAGCAACAGGUAUCAGCCCAGGAAUCAGCACCAGCCGUACACUCAAACCCAGAACAGGUCUGCCAGAAGUGUUAGAUGAGAACCUCUCAAGCCCCGAAGAAGUGUUUCACACAGGCCACUCGAGGAAUUCCAGCUAUGCUAGCCAACAGAGCAAAGUUUCAGGCUACAGCACAGAGCACUCGGGCUCAUCCAGCCUGACCGACCUGAGCCAGCACCGGAGAAACACAUCCACCAGCAGCAGCAACGCUUCAGCCGGGACCGCCACGGUCACAGAAAGCUCAGCAGAACCAGACAAAGAGCCAGUGAAACCCGAAAAGCCUCCUCGUCCACCGAGGCCUAAUCUAAUCCCUAACCGAUUGUCUAGGAGGAAAAUGGACUCUGUGGAGAACCACCCCACCUGGGUGGAUGACACACGCAUCGAUGCUGAUGACAUCGUGGAGAAGAUUGUCCAGAGUCAGGACUUUGCUGAUGUCAGCAACAACGAGGAUAGCAAUUUGCAACUGUUUGUCAGUCGGGAUGGUACCACUGCACUUAGCGGCAUCCAGCUGGCCAACAGGGUGUCAGCGGGUGUGUAUGAGCCCGUCGUGAUCGAGAGUCAUUAGCAGCACCAGCACUCCAACACUCCACCUAAAAGACAACAUAAGUAAGGAUGAACAAGACUUCGGGGAAGUCCAGCAUCCCACGAUCAAGAUGUUUUUCCACUUUAAGGCCUUUUUUUUUUUUUUUUUUUCCUUUUUAUUGUCUUCACUGAUCAGUUUGUUCACUCUGAUGAAACAUCGUAAAUCCUACUUUGUAUUAUAUGCAAAAGGUGGUGGGUGUUCUUUUUUUAUUAUUAUUAUUAAUAAUAAUAAUAAUAUUGUUGUUGUUAUUAUUAGCCACAUAAUCAAAAAAAUGUGUUCCUGACACCCUGUUUGCAAGUAAACUAACGACUUGAAAUAUC